CUUCUGCCUAUUUACGACGACCUGCAGAUACGUAUCGCACUUCGCCUACUGCCUGUACGAUCACGCUUCUGGUUUCUUACGCAACAAGACCCGACCGUGCAACAGUGUCCAUACUCGACUUGCAACAACAUCGAGACAGCGAAACACCUCUUCAUGGAGUGCGCGAAAUCAAAGGCCGUAUGGGCCACGAUAUGGAAGGACUGGAGUCGCUUCCUUGUGGUCCCUCUCACGUGGACCAGCCUGGUAUUACCGCAUAAACAACAAGUGGCUGCGUGCUGGUACCAAGAACGAACCGAGAUUGUAUCUCUGUGGAAUAUAGUCAGGUGUAUCAUC